AUGUCUGGGGUUGGAGGAUGGAGGGAAGGCAGCAGGUACAGGACAGCUACUGCCUUCAAUACUCCGUCUUCCUCUCAGGGUAACCCUCAUGGCAACAAGGAAACGGAGAAGGGUGAAAACACCCAGAAGCUGACAGCAUCUGAAGAGAAACAAGGAGGCCAAGCAUCAGCGCACCAACAACAGCAAAAGCAGUAUGUUGGCUCAUAUGUCUUGGUAACUCCAAAUGAAACCAGAAGAAAACAGUUGCAGCAAAUUGCUAAGAAAGAGCUCGAAGACCUGGAGCAAUGGAAGAAAGAACACAGGCCAGGGCCAAUUAUGCUGAUGCCACAGAGACUGGGUGGAAACGAAUCAGAGGCUCGAGUACGACAAAAUCAACAAAUGAUUCUCAUGCAAUCUAAAUACCAGAAAAAGCACAAAAGAGAAGAGUACGUAAAAGCAAAAAAGGCAGCUGAAGAAGCUGAAAUCUUGAAAAAGAAAGCAAUUCAGAGAGAAAAGGCAGAGAGACUUGAAGUUAAAAAAAGACAAGAAGAAAUGCAAAGAAGAGAGAUGUUUCUUGAAGAUCAAAAGUACAAAACCAAUGAAUUACUGAACAGAUUGGAUGUGGGUUUGCCAAAGAGUGAUUCCUGUCAGAUUGCUAAUCCUGGCCCAGAAUCUACAGCAUGGAAAAGAAGCCAUGCUUAUAAGCAAGCUCUUCGAGAGGAUGAAAACAGAAGAUUAGAGGAAAUGAGGCAAGAACAACAGAGGAAGGCUGAAUUAUUGGAAUUUAAACAAAAGCAGGAGGAGGAAACCAGGACAAGAACACUAAAAAAUGAACAGAGGAGGGUAAAUAAUGCUUUCCUGGACCGACUCCAGAACAAAACACAGCCUAAUAACAUCUACCACCCUGGAUAUACUGGACUACCUCAAUAAUGGCACCUUGGAGUCAAACUACUUGGAAUAAAGGAGUAGCAAGG